CUGUUAGCAGGUGGUGCGGUACUGGGACAUCCUGAUCUGAUGUAUAUUCGGCAACAUUUCGUGAUAGAGAUUCUAAACGUCAGACAGUUGGUAGGCAAUUUCUGCAUAUAACCACGUGUUUUAUAUGGCUAUUAAAAUUCACGAACGAACGCAUUGCAUUUCAGCUUACAUGCAUUGCAAGCUUAUCUUUUAUCUCCUCUCUGGUUCUUCCCGCUAAAAUGAGAAUGCUGAUCGAAGGAGAUGUGUAUGUGGAGAGAGAUACAAGAACACGAGCGCCUUUGUAAACUCCGGCUGGCGCGCGAAGCUGAUCGGCGUGCGGCAAAACAAACGCGAGUUCACUUUUGUUUGUCGACGGAAAACUGCGGAAAGAAAACAACAGCCGGGGAGAAAAAAGAUGACGUGUUUGUGAACUGUGUAUGAGAGAAGGCGCGAUAUUGUCCGUACGGGUCGCACAAACGUGCCAUUUGCGCAAUUUGCGACGCGGAAGGGAAUUCUCUCUCUCUCUCUCUCUCUCUUUCUUUCUCGUGGGAGAGAACGGUGGUAAGCUUCGUCGUCGACCGUGUGUCGGACAUAUUCAUCCCGGGCGCGAAAGUUUUUUUUUUUAUCACCGAGACGAGAAAAUCUCGCCGCGCGACGCUUAUUUGAAACGAUUAAAGGAGGAGAGGAGCGAGUUUUGCCGGUUCGUGUGCGCGGCACGAGAUGAAAGGUGAUCGGUAAUCGUCGCGAGAUAAAGAAAGGAAGAAAGACGCGACGAGAUGGCCACAGUCACGAGCACGACCUUCCCGAGGAUGCUGAAGAUACUGCGGGAAAACAAUAAUGUCAAGGAAAAGCGCGAGGUUUUAACCUAUAUCUCCAGUCAAGCUAAAAAAUUGGAAUCAAGUGGUGCUAUUAAAGAAGAUCGUUACAAGGAGUUAUGUAGGCUAGUCAUAGAAGCAUUUACAAAACAUGAGGGAAUUAUGCAGAACGAGGCAGUAGGUGCACUUAAUGCAAUUGUAAAAGAAUUCCAAGCGCAUCCUUUACAUCUUUUUGAAUCAAUGUUACAGACAGAUAAAAGGACAAGAUUAAAAAUACUUAAGCUACUGGAAGUAGUGGAAGACAAUGCUAUUUCUGCAGCUGCCAAUGAUGGACAGGCUUUAAAGUUUUUUAAAGAUUGCAUGGAUAAUGUACAACCUAAUUUAAUGGAAUGGUUAACACCAACAGCAUGCGUAGAUAAUUUACAAAUAUUGACAAAGGUUGAACAUCAACCUUUAUCAGAUGAACAAAAGCUAGAUGAAGAUACAAACAGUUACGCACUUAUUCUUUUGAGAAGAUUGUACAGAUUGGCUGCCAUAACGUUUGAUCAAAAUGUUCAGAGGUUUGAUACAUUACUAAUGGAGAAGAUUAUAAUACUGGCCUAUAUGGGACAUAAGCGUCAGCGUGGACCUGCUUUAAAAGUUUUGCAGCAAGCUGUUGCAACUAACUCAUCAUCACGUAUUCGUAAAGAUUAUCCUGAUCUAUGGGCACAAUAUAAGACUAAUUUACAAUCCACAUAUUGUAAACGUAUGUUGCUAUUAGUAGCAGCAUGUGAUCCAGAUUGGACUAUUCAAUGGAAUACUACUAUCCAAUUCCUUGGUACUGAUCUUCAUCGUGGUGCUAAUCUCAUAAAUAAUUUGCUGAGUGUUGAAGAAAAAGCCUUUAAAUCUACUGAUCCUAUUACACGAAGACAAGCUUUUCUCUCAUGGAGAUUGUUAAUUGACAAUUUUGCUUUGGAUCAUCAAGAACUUGCCACUGCUAGAAGAAUAAAGUUACUUUGUAUUCCAUUGAACACUAAGAACAGUAAAACCGAAUUAAUUGCAUUAACAAAAUUAGAAGUUUGGUGGCACUUAAUUAUUAAAUUAUAUAAAGAUAUUGCAAAAUUUGCUACUCCUGUUAUCACACAAUUUCUAAACUAUUGUUUCGGACCACUUGGGGAUACACCACUGCUUUCUUCCAAAUUUGAAGUUGUUGCCUCUCCGGGCAAAAGAUUUUUUAAGACAAAAGUCGUUGCUGUGGAUGCUUUGUGUCAAUUAGUUAUCACAAAGGAAGAUCUUUUUGCAGUUUGUGCUCCAAUGUUAGAAGAAAGACUUCCUUAUGCUAUAUCUGAUGAAGUGUUUCAAGAAUGUUCUAAAAGUAUUAUUCACAGUGUAGGAGAAGCCCUACUUAUUCUUGGUCAACUUACAGAUCAAGAAAUGAAAUAUCGUUUUCAACUCGGUAAAACAUUGUGGGCAAAUUUGAUGAUAUAUAUAAAGAAUAUAAAACUUGAAACAAAGGACCAUCUGUAUAAAGAUGUGAUACUAGUUGUAACUGAAUUGGGAAACCAUAUAGAUAAGAUCAUGGUAAAAGAUAUGAUUUUCAAUGUAAUUUUGCCAGAUGUUAAGCACAUUAUUAAGAAAGCUGAAUUUCAUAAUAACGCAUUACCAGAAUUGAUAUUAAAACUUUUAUCACCACCAAUACUUGAUGAAGUAUUAAAGUAUAUCUUAGAUCAUGAUAACGAUGCAAUCAAGUGCCUUCUGGAGCGAUGUCUUAGCCCAGAAUUUUCAUAUUCCUCAGGUGUGCUUGGAUUUCUGGAAACAAUAAUCGAAAAUUUAAAAUCAAUAAUUGAUGUACAUAAAAAUAUGACAGUUUACAUCGAAUUAUGGUCUAUAAUAGCACAGAUAUUAACAAAAUAUAUGACAAACUGUGAAGCUAUAAAUGGAAGUGAACAUAAUUUUAAAACUGUAAAAUUGGUUUUAUCACUUCCACUUCAAUAUACAUGUCUGGAAAAUCUUGAGCAGAUACAAAAUCAAGCAAAGGUAUGGAAAGCUUUAUACAAACAAUUUGAGUUGCAAUCAGAUUCAGUAAGUGCAGUGAAGCCAAACGAAAUCUUACUAGAUACUGCAAAUAUAAUGCGGGAAUGUUUAAAUACAAAUAAAAAUUGUUGUUCUUUUAUUGUAAAUUGCUUAGAUGCUUUAUUGAGUACCCUUGAUUAUCAAUCCUUGUUAGCUCAAGAUGAAAUUCCAUCCAUUCUACAACUCUUACUAGAUGUUAUAAAAAUUUCGUUUAAUAAUGCACAAAAUCUUAAUUCUGAAGUAGCUCUAAAAAUGUUAUCAGCUAUGCUUAUUACUGUGUAUGGACACAGUCCACAAAAAGUAAUAACAUAUCUGCAUAGUUGUAAAUCAGUCAUCAAAUUUAUACUUACAUCGCAAAUAAAGGCACUUUUUAAAGAAGUUGCAAGCAUGUGGGAAUAUAUAAUUAGUAUUUUUAAAGGACUUAAUAAACAAUUGAAUUACGAACUUUUAUCAUCGUUCAAAGAAGCAAUUAUAAUUGCAAUGAAUCAUCCUAAUCCAGCUCUAAAAUCUUUGACACAAUCUAUUUUUGAAGUUAAAGAUUGCUUGGAUAGUACCGCUAAGUGCAUUUUAGAUGAAAUAAAAGAAACAAUAGAGAAGACACAUUCAAAAUCUGAUAAUAUUACAAAGAAGAAAGCAGAAACAGAACAAACAAAAGAGAUACAUAUAGCUGGGAGUUUCUUGAAUAGAAAAUCUGCUAAUAUAAAAUCAGUAUCCAGUAAACUACCAGAAAAAAAUGAUAAAAAUACACUUAUACUACCUGAACCUGAUUCGCAAGAUUAUGUGUAUAUAAAAACAGAUUUGAAAUUUGAUGUUAAUCGUUUGACCGAGCAUCAAAAAGAAAGUUUAAAGAAGAAAAGAGAAGAUAUACCGGCAUUAUAUAAUGAUCUUUCACAAUCGUCCUCACAAAAUUCUCAGAAUUUACAAGAAUGGUUUGACAAAGUCAAACACAUUAACGAAACAGAUAAAAUCAAUAGAAAGAGCGAUUCUAUAACUCAAAAACUUAUCGAUAAUGAUGCUAACAAGGAAAAUAAGAUUAUGCAAACAAAGUCUGUUAAUGUGGUGGAUAAAAUAGUUGAUACCCAUAAUAACGAAUUGGAUGUAAAUAUUGAAGAAAAUAUCACUGACACUAAGCAAAAUGAAGAUUCAAUGAAAGAUGCUGAGAAAGUGGAUUCCAACGAAAAACAAGAAGAAAAUACGGAUAUAUCGAAACAAACAAAUUUGGCUAUACAUACAGCAUCUUUCAGUGGACAAAACACUACAUCAAAAAUGAACGAAGAAACGGAUGCUACAAUCACAAUAGCAUCUAUUACAAAAAAAUUAAAUUUUGAUUCACGGGAAGAAUUUCCUGAAGAUAAAAUGCAAGAACGACAAUCAUCUCCUUCGAUGUUAGAUGGUAUCAAACGACGACAUCGUAAUAGCAUAACAAAAUUAAAUUCAUCAUUAAAAAAUGAUGAAGCUAUUGAAAAUAAAAAAGAUCCAAAUGCGACAAAUGUACAAAGAACGCUGAGAAUAAAGAUUGCUCAGGAAAAACCUGGUACAAAUGAUAAACAGAAGUCAGACGAUGAUAUUGAUAUUAAAGAAAAUUCUAAUGAAAGUAAGAAAGGUACUAAGCGUAAAUACAUGUCGGAUACUGAAUCGGACGGGAUCAUACAACGUCGAAAGCGAAAAGGUUUUAACGAUAAUGGUGAAUCAUCGCGAGGCGGUGACUUCUUGGACAUAGAUAUGGACAAUGUGAGUCAACGUGUGAAAAAUGAAAUGUCUCGUUUAAAAAUCGACAUGGUAUUUAAUUGUUCUGUGGUCAAUCGUCGUCGAAGCAAACAUUUGGAUGAAACAGAAAAAGAAACAACACAGGAAAUUGAUGCAGGAAAGAAACAUGGAUUAAGGAAAUAUGGGACACCUGACAAUAAGAGUUUUAAACUAAAGUCUUUAGAUGCGAAAUUUGUAGAAGGAUCAAAAAGAUUUCCAAAAACACAAGAGAAGAAUACAAAAGAUGCAGAUGAUACAGAUCAAGGAAUAUUUAAAAGACGAAGUAGAAGAAGUACGAGACAGGAGUCUAAUAAAAAUGAUUUAGACAUUAAUAAAGAAGUUAAAAAAUCCAGUGAUACUAUUGACAAGGUACCUGAAUUGAAAAAUUUGGACACAGAUAUGACAGUCAUUCAAGUUCCAACAUCUAGCCAAGCAAUACAAGAUAUUGUAAUUAACAGAACCCAAGAUGAAAGACUUGAUGCAGAUAAUUCUAAAUCUACCAGUUCGAAUAUAGAAUCCUUAGAACUUACUGAAUCAAACAAACAAAAUCAAGAUGAAGUUGAAGAUUUUGUAGAAAGUUCACAAAUUCCUAAUAUCGAUGUAAAAUUAGAUAAAAUAUAUGGCGAGAAACAGUGUUUUAUUAAAAUUGAUAAAAUGGAGAAUGUUCAGUCUAUUAAAACUUCUGACAUGAUUACGGAAAAAAAUUAUGUACCUGAAUCUAUCCCCAUGGAUUCUGACAAUGUUGUACCUGAUCCAUGUGAACAAUUGAGGGAAGCUAAUCCUAAUAAUAAUACAGAAAUGAACGAUGACGGAAAUAAAAAUAAAGAUAGUAUAAGUAAAGAUUUGAUUCAGGAAAGUAAUAGUUCCAAUAUAAAGAUUAUAAUUCCAGAAGGUCAGAAGACAGUCGAUAAUUCGUCAUCGAUCAAAUCUACAAGUGCAACUAAUUUUUCUUCGCCGAAAAGCAGUGUCAAAGUGUUUUCUAAACUUAAACCAUUCACAGGACGUGCUGCCCAUAUGUUAGGUUUAGUUACAAAGCAAGCGCAACUCGAAGGUGACAAUCCAGCUAUUGUAUUAGAGGAUGAAUCAUCUUUAAAAAAAUUAAAAUCCAAGGAUGUAGACAAUGAUACGAGUAAAAAAACUUUAGCAAUUAAAGAGAUCGAUAAAAUAGGCGGACCUUCUGGCAGUCGACAAGAAAAGAUUUUCAGCAAUAUGAGAUCAGCUGAUUAUUGUGCAUCUCCAUCGAUACACACAUUUACUACUUUGAGAAACGAUGGCGAGAAACUUUCAUUUAAACUGGACAAGAAUACAUCAGACUAUUUAUCAACGGAAAUUUUAAUUGACAAAGAAAAUGAAGGAAAUGCAUCAUCUUCAUAUGAAAAAGACAAUCUACCAAUAUUAGAAUGGUCAAGCGCUAAUCCACCUUCAUUAACUGCUUCACCGAGUGCUAGUAUUCUUAAACGUCAACGAUCGAGCGUACUGGAACCGGAUCUAGAUUCUUCAACUCCUAACAAGCGAAAACGAGUGAGCUUUGCAGAUCCACCAGUAUCAAAAGAAAUGGGUUAUGAAAUAUCAAAAGCAGAAUUUCCACAAAAAACUAACAAAUAUUCCACAGCACGUAGUCCCAUAUCAAGAAAAGAUUCUCCACUUAAGUUCAAACAGACCAAGCUUAAAUUUGUACCAAUAGAUGCAGAAAAAGUAAUAACUGAAAACGAUUCUCAAAAUGAAAGUGACACUGAAGUUGUUUUGGGAGCUGAGAAGAAAGAUGAGUCACUAAUAAGGAUAUCUGAAGCGUAUUCUGAAACUAUGGAUAUAAGUAAACCAUCUGGCGAUUUUCCAGAAAAUGAUAACAUUGAAUCAAAUAUUCGUGCGAGAAUAAAACUCGAUGAAGAAUUAGGAAUAGCGCAAGAAAUUGAAAUAACUGCGGAUUCAACUGCUCCUUCUGUCCCGGAAAAUCAACAGGCUUUAUCUUCUAAAGAUUCUGAGCAAAACUCUAUUGACAAUGCAUCAAUGGACUGCGGAAUAGAAGAUUCCGAAACGCAACAAGAUAUCUUUGAUGGAACGGAUACGACAAAUAACGUUGCAUCAAUCAAGAAUAACGAUGACAUUAAUAUGUCUGUACAAAAUAAUUUGAUAGAUUCUAUUAAAUUGAACGUGAUCAAUGAUUCUGUGAUAGCGGCUUUAUCUACUAAAGAUGACAAUACAACAAGUAUGGAGGAUACUGUAGAUAUCCAAAAUAUUACCGAAUCAAAUUCCACUGUAAAUACAGAUGAGAUAUUCUGUGGAAAGCUGAUACGUACUAGUACAGAAGCAAUGGAAAACGUAACGGAACAGGAUACUUUAUCGGUAACGGACUCAAUAUUUGCGAGUUUACCAUUAACUCAAGAUUCUACUCAAAGUCAGGAGGCUCAGAAUAACAUGGAACCCGAUCCCGAGCUUCUGGAUUCUACGUUGCCUAUUUAUCCAACAUUGUCAUCCUGUAUGGAGCCCAUCGAGACUAUCAUUGAACGAUUGACGUAUCCUCUUUGGAAAAAGAAUUUGCGUACAUAUCUUGUGAAUAGAAGUUUGCACACAAUCGGUGAUUUUGCCCAAUUAUCGGAACGCGAAAUUAAUAGAAUACCCGUGAAAGGUAAACCAAAGACUAAAUUCGUGAAGAAAGUGUUAGAACAUUUUGAAAGUACAUGCAUGCCGCAAGCAGAAUCUUCUAAUAUCGAAUCGGAUGUUAAAGUGCAAUCGCCUAUCAUACCGAUGGAUGAAAUAUCAACCACUGCUCUUUCUGUUGUCGAAGCGGAAUCUGCGAUAGACGAUAAUAAAUCUUUAAAUUGUAGUAUGUCAUUUAAUCAAUCUACCGGAGAUGUUUCCGGUAAUCCGUCAAGAGAAAUGUCACCUACGGAAUGCUUGGAUAAAACAGAGUCUAUCACCAGUGAUAUGGAUAUUUCUUCGGAACAUAUAUAUUCUAAAAAAUCAAAUUUGUCAAUAUUAGAAAACGAACAGGCAAAUGUGAAAGAAUCAAUCACUGUUGAAAAUUUAUCUAAAACAUCUAUAGAUAAUGUUAAUUCUGUGCCAAUUGCUUCAGCCUCCAAAAUCAUUGCUGUCAGUGAAGUAAUAUCAUCUUCAAGUGCUAGCAUGGACACAUCGAAUAGUCAUGCUAAAUCGUCAAAUGUAUAUGACGAACUUCUCAUUACGCAUUCCUCCGUUGGUACUAAUACCGAGGAAACUGGUUCCGCGACAUCGAAUGUUCAAAAAGUCACAAAAUCCGUUGAAUCUCAAAUGGCACUUGCGGAAUUAUUGGAUGAAAUUGAUGUAAAUCUGGUAUUGGAAAGUGCGGUCAGAAGAUGCAGUCCCGAGGCAAUCCUUUUGCAAUACAAGGUAAAGAUGGCACAUUUGAAAGAAAAAGAACUAGUGAAGGAAACUAUUAGAAUGCUCGGUUUGCAAGACAAACAGCAAGUCAACGAUGCAUCAUUAAAAGCAGCCUGCCGUGCAUGUGGCGUCAAUAAAGUUCUUCUUAGAUUGCCUGACAUCUUCAGUUAUGAUAAACAGUUUUUUGAUAAGGUGCUUAAGGUAUAUAGUAAGAAACUUAGCAUAGCUGAUUGUUUGAACAUUUUCGAUUUUAAUCAAUUGAAAAGCGCGAUCUGCCAAAAAUGUACAUCGUCUGACCUCGUUGAGAUGCUUUCGGAAAAAUUGAAACGAGAAGACCAAGACGGUAUCAAGCAACCCAUGACAGAAUUAUCUAGUUUGGAUGCUAUGUUAAAAAGAUUGCCCAUGGAUGUGAUCAUUAGUCAUACUGUAGCGAACGAGGAGCUUAUUCCGGCGUCGGUAAUUUUGGACAUAGCUUUGCAAAAUAACAGCUCGGGAGAUAUAGCGCAAGCGUUAAACCAAUCCCCCGUUUUGGUUAGACGCAUCCUAGACAAACUAUGGACAUCUCAGUUUACGAUCGCGCGUAUCGAGAAUAAUGAAAUAUCCAAAGAGAAUUUGCUUAAUAUUUUUAAAAGCGUGUGCUCUAAAUUAACCGCGCAAGAACUGCUACAUGCGUAUCACGAAGCUAUGACAAAUAAGCUCAUCACAAAGAAAGAAAAUGAAUAGACUGGAUUUAGAAUUCUAGGUUCAGUAUUAAAUAAUAUGACUGAUGUUUGUAGAAAUAUUGACGCGAUAUAUCCAGAAAAACUAGUUAGUCUCACACUUAUUUCAUUUCUAUAAAAUUCAUAAUUUGACUUAAUUAUGACAUUCAUAAAUGUUUUCAUUUGCGUCGUGUAAUUAAUGAUAACGCUUGUCCAUUAUUUGUUUUAUAGUUGUUACUAUUGAUAUUUUAAUCAAUUUAUUUGUAAGUAUUCAUCAAGUUUAUUAAAUGAUAUAUUUGUCAUAAUUGUAAAACAUUUAUGUAUUAGAAGUUACAUUAAUCCUCGCAAUAUCAGGCCAUAUUUUGUCGCAUAUGUUACAUAGUGACGGGAGUAUUUAUCAUUAUAUCUUUCAAGCAAAAUUGAUUUGUUUGUAUAGAAUAAUUAAUAAUUGUAGAAGAGAAAUGAUGCAAAUGUUUUCUUAAAACAAAGAAAACUUUUUUAAAACAUGAAUUAACAAAAAAGAUAAUCAGUAUUUUCUUAUCUUUUAUAUACUCGUUAUUUAACUCCUUUCCAUUUUCUUUUUUUCUUCCACUCAUAAUUUUUAUUUUUUUUUUUUAUUUAUAUUUUAUUUAUUAAUUAUAUUGUCCACUAUUUUUUCAUAGGUAUCGAGUGGAGAGAUGCGGGUAUUCAAUAUCUCUUACUAAUUUUCAAUCAAGUCAUUACUUUGUGUUUCAAAACAUUUUGAAUAUUAUUCGAAAUUAUACAUUCUUGAAAGUCUUCACAGAAGUCUUGAAUGUUUUGAUUAGUCUUGAGAAGAUCUUGAGUAAUCAAUCUUAAGUAUCGAUAAAAAUUUUGUUUAAAAUUUUUAACAAUAAUUUUUGUUUAAAAGUUUUAAAAGUUUUUUAAAAUAAUAAAUAUGUUAUAUAUUUAUUUAUAAUAUCCCAAAUUUUAAAUUCUCUUUCUUUGAAAUUUAUUAAAACGUUCAACAUUUUUCAAGAUGUUAAAGACUCAAGAUUGUAUAACUUUGAAUAAUGUUCAAACUGAUUUUAAUUGAACUUCUCAUAUAUUAGAAUUAAUACAAAGUAUCUUGAUUUCCAUUAUUAGAUGUAUCUUUUGUAUUGAUUUUAAAUUAUUUUUUUGGCUUUAUAUUGUAUUAUUUAUAAUAUAUAUUUUUCAAAAUUUUUAAAUUUUGUUUAAAAUGUAUCUUUUAUGCAUACAAUAUCUUUCUCUGUCUCUUUUUCUAAAACAAAAAUAAUAAUUUAACUAGUAUAUUUUUCAAAAGUUUAUAUCAUAUAAAAAUAAAAAUUCUGUAAAACAAACAAAUGGUAAGGGCAGAAUAUAUUUUCAUUGGUAUUGCGAAGAUUAACACAGUUAUUUUUCAGUUAAUUAUGCCAUUGAAGAAAAAUUUCUCACUACUUUAAUUAGGGAUUUAUUUAAAAUGCAUUAAAGUUGAUACAAAAAUGAAUGAUGAAGCAUAGAAAUAUAAGAUUUUUGCAUUUUUGGAUUUGAUUGAAUUUAUAUAGAGGGUGUUUGAUAAUAAUUGCCCUACUCGUAAUGUGGGCAGAGCAGGUGACAUCGAGGAAAAAAGUCCAUCAUUUUGUGAAUUUUGUAAUAAUUAUUGACAACCCAAAAUAGCGGUCACUGGCAUGCGACGAAGUUUGUGGGAGGAAUGUUCUAUAAAUGACAACGAUUACAUACAAGCGAUACAACGCUGGAUGGUCUAGAAUUCUCGCAACCACAUAUCAAUGAGGUCGUCCUUUCGCACUAAUAUUCGCGCAAAUUGUUCUUUUUUAAUUACUUAUUAAUUAUUGCAAAAAUCGCAAAACAGCAGAGAACUUUUCUACUCGGUUUAAAGAUAAUCCACUUUACACAUUAGGGUGAGGCGAUUACCAAGCACCUUAUAUAAUCAUAAUUUUAAAUUUUUGCAUGGUCUUUUAGUGUUUGAAAGUUCUCAACUUUCAAGAUUUUUCUUUCUACAAUUAUUUCGUAUACUUAGUAUUGGCAGUAAUGUUACAUUUGUUAAUUUAUGGAAAUCGAAAAAUUUAUUUUUUAAUGUUUUUAUUAAAUCAUUAAGACGGAAGAAUAGAAUCAAAUUUUGAACUGAUAUAUCGUGUUGCGUUGUUCCCGAUCGAAUAUAACAAUUGACAUUUUUAGAAAUAAGUAUGACCUAUGAGACACCAAACAAUUAUUAAUAAUUAUUUAUUUCUUUAAAAAAAAAAUUCUUUUUAUUUAUGAAAUAUAUAUUGCACAUCAAUUUAUAAAGAUCUUUGUAUCGUGAUCAUUCUAAACAUUUCUUUUGUUUUUUUUUUGUGAUAGAGAUAUUUCGGAGGAGAAGGGGUUGUGAAACAAAAGAGCGAAUCUUAAGAAUUUUCUUUAGCACCACAGCUUGUGAGAUAAAAGAAUAUUUUUUGAUGGUUAAGAUAUUUCAACAUCGCAACAUUAAUUAACGCGAAUUAUGUUUACAUUUGCAUCAGCAGUAACUUGAUUCAUGUAAUCUAUAUCUUUUAAGCAUUAAAUUAUCGGUGAAUUGAAUAAAUUUAUUUGUAAUAUUUUUAUCGUAAUUCUAUUAAUUAAUGUUUUUCUGGUGUCGAGUUCAUACACAUAAUAUACGCACCAUAUAUUUUCAAAACUUAAAUAUUUCAAUGAUUAAGCAAUCAGCUAAUCAGUUUUUAAGAAUCUGUUUAGACUCUGUCUGAGUCUAAUUAUGUAUUAUUGUAAAUAUACAUGUACGUAUAUCGCUGAUAUAUUAAUGGACGAUCGAUAUAUUUACUAAUUAAUACGCUUUUUAGUAUUGUCUUUAUUAUAUCUAAUGUAUCUGUACGAAUACAGAGUUACUUUUAUGAAUAAACAUGAGGAACUAAAAAAUCAAAGUAUGAAAACUGGCAAGUUAUGAUAAUCUACAUAUGCAAGAAGAUGAAGUAAAAUAUAUCGAUUAAUCUUUUCGAGCAAAAAUAAAAGAUGAUAUCUUGUAGUUUUAGUCAUUCCUGUGAUUAAUUCAUGCGGAUAUAAUUAUUCAUUAUAGUGAUUGUAUAAUCGUAUAGAUUAAUGCAAAGAGCGACAAUGAAUAUCAUGUAACUUUUUUUUCGAUUUUUCUUAUGAUAGUCCACUGAAAAUUUUACGCAUACGUAGAAAGUGUAAAUGUCUUCUAUAAUAAUAAAACGAUAUUUUAUAUGAACUAUAAAUUAAAAAAA